AGUUAGCCUUAGUACUUGGAGCACCCUUUAUUUGUCUUCUAUUAACUUUAAUGUCUCAUUUCAGUAAACAAGUAUCUUCCCUACUCUAGCACACAUAAUUUGAAGACCAUAAUGUAAUAGACUGUUUAAUUCAUAUUUAAAAACCACUAUUCACACCAAUCUGAUCUUAUGUUUACACUAAUAUGUAGGUAAGAAUAUUAAAACUUGUCCAAAAAACUGUAGCAAUGGGUAUAGUCAUUUUUUAACUUAUUUAGGACAGUUAUCCGUUAAGUCUAACAAUAAUUUGAUAAAACCUACAUCCACAAUAAGUAACCUAAGCCUAAAUCAUAAUGAAUAAUAAGUAAAAAGUAAAACCUUGCUGACUAUUAAUUUAAAAUUGACGUUUUCGAUAGGUAAACAACAAACAUUUUGAAAACGUCAAAUCAUAAAAAUUCUCUCAAUUCUCUGACAACAGCAACAACAUAAUGUGUGAAGUAGGCUACAAGGUCGUUAGACCUUUGAUGUCCAAAGAUUGCAAAGAAGCUCGUAGACGUGCGAUCGGACUGUACAGGGCGUUUUAUAGAUACAUUCCUUACAUCAUAAAAUAUUUCGAUAUUGAGAAGAAUGAACAAGACUGUCGAUGGAAGUUGAGAGAGUAUUUUUAUAGGAACGCCUGCAUCACUGAUGUACGAAUCAUCGAUUUACUGGUGAUAAAGGGCUACAUCGAACUCAAAGAAAUAACGAGUUCGUGGCAACAGAAGUCUCAUGUGAUCAGACAUUGGAAUCCAACUAUUGAGCCAAAACGAUACGAUUUUAUCGGCAAAUUCAUGGCAGGCAUGGAUUAAUUUGAUUUGAUGGGAUUCUAUUAAAAUAUUACUAACAUCUGGUUUUCUACUGUGGCACAGAAAUAAAUAAAAUAUUUAAAAUGUAUUAUUCACUCUCAUUUUUUCAUUACACAGAAUUUUUGAUGGGUAGGUAAAUCAGUGUAGGAAUAUAUAUAAGUGCCUUUAUGGUAAUUGGAAAGAUCAACAAACUUAGAGACUUCGUUCUAUAUAUUGAAACAAAAGAUACACUUUUAGAAAGUAAUCAACAUAGGUAAAUUAAAGAUAAUAAAUUAUCUUUUACUGGAGCAGCUAAAGGUACGCACCUUUUCACACCACCUUAUUUUGUUUUGUAUUCAUAAUUUUCGCGGUUGAAAAUGGCUGCCAAUGAAAUCGUUUCCCGCGCAGAUUAAAAAAAUAACACAACAGUGAUGUGCAAAUUGCGUCAUAAAAAAUAAAUAAUCAAUACUCAUACCACUUUAAUUCAUAAGUAUAACAAUCUGUUGUAACUUAUCAUUCACAACCAUAACAUUACAAUAUUAUUAUAUUAAUAUUCUUGUAAGUAGACAUUGCAUUCAAACGUUCGAAUUGAUCGAUGAAAACUAUUCAAAAAGUAUUUUUGGAUAUGGAAGGACGUCUGGUUUUCUUUUGGAAAGAAAUAA